AUGGAUCUGGCCAAUCUCCUCCACGCCGCUCCCAAGCGCGCCUGCCCCGAGGACUAUGAAUAUCCUACUACAUACAAGCGCUCCCCGCAACCACCUCUCUCGCCCCCAGUGGAGGACCAGCCCAAGUGCUCGCUGCCUUCGAUCACUGCUCUCCUUGAAGGUGCUGAUGGUCAUUCUGCCAAACGUCAACGCCUGAGCCCACCCGCUCACCAGCGUGAUGCCCGUUACGACACUAUCCAUCUCCCACCAACACCACCAUUGCGCCCUGGUUCCGGCUCCGGUCACCACCACAGCCACAGCAGCUCUCCAGUCGAGGCCAAAGAUGUCCACCGCGCCUCCAUCUCCUCGACAAGCUCUCACUCCCACCACCACCAUCACCACGGGCCCUACGCCUCACCCGCACCAAGCUUGAUGGACCCAUGUACUACCGCCCUCAAACAACCACAACCUUCGCGCCUAGCAUCCCACCAACCCUCUCCCACCCUCAAUCAGGCUCCCCGCCACACACCCAGCAGUCUCUGCCCCAACAACCUCAUCACUCCCGCCUGGCAACACCACCACUACUUCCCCCCUUCAACCGCAACACCUUACCAGCAAAACCACGACCGAUAUAUCUGCCGCACUUGCCACAAGGCUUUCUCCCGCCCUUCUUCGCUGCGCAUCCACUCCCACUCGCACACCGGUGAGAAGCCAUUCCGCUGCACACACGCUGGCUGUGGGAAGGCGUUUUCCGUGCGCAGCAACAUGAAGCGUCACGAGCGUGGUUGUCACUCUGGCCGUGCGGUGCCACCUCCUGCUACGGCUCUGGUUGCCUAA